AUGCUCGGUCCUCCUGUGAAUUUGCCUAAGUGGCUUGAAGAAAACUCUCAUCUCCUGCAACCACCCAUCAACAACUACUGCGUCUACAAUGACGAUUUCACCGUCAUGAUCGUCGGUGGCCCCAAUGCUCGCACCGACUACCAUAUCAACCAAACCCCAGAAUGGUUCUACCAAUACAAGGGCGCCAUGAUGCUCAAGGUCGUCGAUGAGGGUAAAUUUCGCGACAUCAUCAUCCGCGAAGGCGAUAUGUUUCUCCUGCCCGGCAACACGCCCCAUAACCCCGUCCGCUUUGCAGAUACCGUUGGAGUGGUUCUCGAGCAGCGCCGUCCCAAAGAUUCACUCGAUCGAAUGCGCUGGUAUUGUGCUGAGUGCGGCGAGAUUGUUCACGAGGCUGCCUUCUAUUGCACCGACCUGGGAACUCAGAUCAAGGCGGCUGUGAAUGACUUUAAGAAUAGCGAUGAAAAGAGGACAUGUUCAAAGUGUGGGGUUUUGGCAGAUGUAGCGCCGAAGCCGGGAAGUAUUCAGGAUCCCAAUUCGGAGUGA